UAGUGAACAAAAAACAUGACAAUGAACAGCUUUAUACUCCUUGGCUUAUUCUUGGGGUCCGCGUUAGGCCAAGAAUGUGAAAAUAAUCAGGAGUCAUUUGGCGCGUUUUGCUAUCAAUGGAGCAUCUUGGCAGACGGUGUACACAAUUUUUGGGAAGCACGGCAACAAUGUCUUAACGCUGGGGGAGAUCUUGCUAGUGUUGGAACGAUUGAGGAAUAUAACUUCUUGGCUGAAACGCACUAUGUUGAAGCACAUUGGCUUGGAGGGACUGCAGAGAGGGCUCAGAAUGGAACCUACCAUUGGUUGGACGGAACACCAUGGAACGCGUCCGUAGCGCAAGCUGCCUGGGGCGAUGGACAACCGAGUGGAGGAAAUCAACAUUGUACAGCGUGGUGGCAAAGUGAGAUAGGCAAAUGGGACGAUAAGAAUUGCGACACAUACUAUGCCGGCUAUUUGUGCAAAUUCCCGAAAAGAGACGCGUGCACAUGCGCAGAUAACGAGUCUAGGUUCUGUGACAGAGAUUACACGUGUACCAGUUACAGAGCCUGUGAAUCUGGACAAACCAUCACCGUUUCAUGUCCACCAGGGCGAAAACUAGAUGCCGAUAAUAACUGUGUAGACCCUGUUACACUUGGACCCCCAUGUAACUGGAACCCCAAUUGUACGGGGGUUGCUAAUGGAAACUACCCGAGUGACCUUGACUACUGUAGAACCUACUACACAUGCGCAGGUGGAAGCCUCACUGCCAUGGCAACAUGUCCGGAUCAAGAGAGAGGAGAAGAGCAGACGUUUGACCCCUCAGUAGGGUACUGCAGACCAGCAGUUGAGGUAUGCGCCCCUUGUGGUAGACCCGAAGAGAGGCCUCCAACGGACCCACCCUGUCAAGCGUAGAUGUACGUCACUGGUGAUGGAAUAUAUAAUAUGUAGUAUUAUGUACAAUUUACAAAUUUAUUUUGUGUAAAUUGAUGCUUAACUUGAGAAUCAUAUAGAAGAUGAAGCCUGGGCUGAUCUAC